UGCGUGAGAGGAAGUGAGCCUUUACUGCCAGGGGAGGGUCCUGGAUUAAUUCAGCUCCUUCUGCAUCAUAUCCAACACUCUGCUGCGGUUGGAUAAGCCCAGGCCAGACUGGCUCUGUAGCUGCUCUGGUUUGUCCUGGCAUACUGCGUGGGAGCAGCAGGAGGAGGAGAUUGUUCACUCUUUAUUUGGCUGGAUAGGUUAAUGGAGUGAAGGUUGACCUGAACUGGACUGUCGCUGUAGGGAGGGACAAGAAGACUGGAAGAGAAAAGGUCCUCGGUUUGGCUCAAUGGCCUGGAAGAAUUGCACACGGUUUAGCACAGAAUGUUUAUUGGAUGGCGACACCAGGAGGCCGAGACAGGAUUUGUUCCAAGUGUCCAAGACUUUGACCGAAGGUUAGCUGAAGCUGACGCCUACCUACAGAUUCUGAUUGACCAGUUGAAACUGUUUGAUGAGAAGAUCAAGGACAGUAAAGAGGAUGAAUCACGUAGAACAAUUGAAAAUUUGAAAGAGACGACUUGUAGUAUGGUAGAGUCCAUCAAGCACUGUAUCGUACUUCUGCAAAUCGCCAAGGACCAAAGUAACGAACAGCAACACGCAAACGGACUUAUAAGCACCAUCAACCCAGUAGAUGGGAUCUACCAGCCCCCUCUGGACGCUCCUGUAGUCAACACCACGAUGCCAACACAGACGACGCUCCCUGCAGACGGUUCUCAGGUUUGUAAAUCUGACCAGCGGCCUUCAACGUUACCUGUCGGGCCUGUCGUCACAGUAAUGGGGAGUUUGCAGACUCCAACCCCUAACAGCACAGGGAGUGGCCCGUCUGGACCCAGCAGUGGUGUGGCCUCCCCAGCUCAUAUCCCCCUCCCCUCACACUCGGUCCCAGACUUCUCCUAUUCUUCCAGCGAGGAUGAAUUCUAUGAUGCAGAUGAGUUCUAUCAAAGUACCACAUCUCCAAAACACUGCAACAAUCCCUCUGGAGCGCCUGCAGCUUUGCCACUUAAUAAUGAAGGAACGGCACUAAAACGACCAGAAACCACAGAGUCCCUAAAUUCAUCCAUGUCCAACGGCACCACGGAUGCAGACGCGUUCGACAGCCAUGAUGACCGAGAUGAUGAAGGUGAAGGAGAGUCUGUAGAGGAGCACAAAAGUGUCAUCAUGCAUCUGCUGUCCCAGGUCCGUUUAGGAAUGGAUCUCACCAAGGUGGUCCUGCCAACUUUCAUCCUAGAACGAAGGUCCUUGUUAGAAAUGUACGCUGACUUCUUCGCACAUCCCGACUUAUUUGUCAGCAUUGCUGAGCAAUCAGAUCCUCGGGACCGCAUGGUGUACGUGGUGAAGUGGUAUCUAUCGGCCUUCCACGCUGGUCGAAAGGGAUCCGUGGCCAAAAAGCCUUACAACCCCAUCCUGGGAGAAGUCUUCUACUGCCACUGGGAUCUCCCCAGUGAGACCGAGGAGCCCUCCCCACCCUCGCAGGACACCGUGUCAGACGGUCCAGUUCCCUGGUCGUCGCCAGACAGUGUGUGUUUCGUGGCAGAGCAAGUCUCCCAUCACCCUCCAAUUUCUGCAUUCUACGCAGAGUGUUCAAGAAAGAAGAUUCAGUUCAACGCUCACAUCUGGACCAAGUCCAAGUUCCUAGGAAUGUCUAUAGGUGUCCACAAUAUUGGACAAGGCUGUGUUUCAUGUCUGGAGCAUGAUGAGCACUACAUCCUCACCUUUCCAAAUGGCUACGGCAGAUCUAUUCUGACAGUGCCGUGGGUGGAGCUCGGGGGAGAGUGCAACAUCUCCUGCUCGAAGACCGGCUACAGUGCCAACAUUGUGUUCCACACCAAACCAUUUUAUGGAGGCAAGAAGCACAGAAUCACUGCAGAGAUUUUUGCACCCAACGAUAAAAAGUCUUUUUGCUCCAUUGAGGGUGAAUGGAAUGGAGUGAUGUACGCCAAGUGGGCGACUGGAGAGAACACAACGUUCAUCGACACCAAGCGGUUAGGCAUCGUGAAGAAGAAAGUGAGAAAACUUGAGGACCAGCUGGACUAUGAAUCUCGAAGACUUUGGAGAGAUGUGACGCUAAACCUGAAGCGUAAAGACAUCGACGCAGCCACAGAAGCGAAGCACCGUUUGGAGGAGAAGCAGAGAGCGGAAGCCAGAGAGAGGAAGGAGAACGAGCAGCAGUGGGAGACCAGGUUAUUCCACGAGGACGGCGAAUGCUGGGUCUAUGACGAACCUCUGCUGAAGAGAAUAGCCUCUCAGAGGCACUGAGAGGUCGACGCACUGGUUCGCUCACGCACGCACCUGCAGACACAGCAGAGUCUUCAUAAGAACUCUUUUGCAGAAGCACUUCAUACACAAGCCUUCGAGUGACUGACUCUAUGUUCAAAAAAAUUGCAUCUGACUGUAACCGGUUUGGAAGUGAAUGAAAUCCACCAGAAAAGUGCAGAGGAGGACACACGACGGAAGCUUGUGUCUCUUAAUGUGAGCAAUCUUUCCUCCACCACCGCGCCACAUGAGAUUCAGCAGCCGAGACAAGAGUGAAGAAGUGUCUCGUCGCCGUCAAGACCGCCGCCUUCAAACCAGAGCCAGUUUCCCAACACACACUGACAUCUUUGGAGGGGCCAAAGCUUUGUAGUUCCUGUUUUCUCAAUCAAAUAAACUUUCCAAAAGAACCGGCGCUCUUCAUCUCAGGGAAUCUGGGGACUGAGGGACAGAAAGCUGCUGCGCUUUCUGAGACUCCUAACAACAGCCUUACAGUGGUGGAAUGAAUUCCUCUUAACAGAGCGGGGAACGACUUUCCUGCCUGCCUGCAAAUACAUAACUCUUGUUUAUAUAUGAUACAGAUAUACAAAUGAUGGAUAUAUAUGAAUAUAUAUAAAUAUAUACUUUUUUAUUUUUCGUGCUCAUUUCCAUGUUCCUGAUGGCAAUAGUGUAUAAUAUCUGUGGAUAUUAAACAUUUGGCUUCACAUCUUACCGAAUCAUUCCAUGUAGACUUUUAAGGAUCAAGUCCAACUUAAAUAUGUUGCCGCCACAUUUCUGACUCGAGUAUGAUGGAGCCAUAGCAUCCAAGCAUAUGUGAUGUUUGAGUUAUAUGCAAUAUGUGGAAUGUGCUUUGCCUGACCUCAUGGCAAGGCCACCUAACUUGACUUGCUAUGGACAGAACAAUCUCUUUGAAGUAACUUGAAGGCAUUUAUGAACAAAUGAUUGUCCAGAACAUUUGUGUCCAUCUGAAAAUCAGUAGAGUCUUUAAGAACAUCACCAAUCAUCUUGGAAGUUAGUGUUGCUUUGUUGCCACGGAGGCAGUGAAGAACAGUUCCUGCUUCCAUCCUGCGCUCAGCUGGUCAACUUCUCUUAGCUCCUCCUGUUGCUCAUCGUUUUGAUGUCUUUCUUAAGUCAUUAACCACCUAAGAGGCAAUAUGUAUAACUAUAUUCUUCUGCUUUUCUGAACCAUUUUCAUAUUUACUUCUUUUAAGGUCGGUUGUAAGUCCAAUGCUGUUCGAAUGAGCUAUAAAAAUAAACGAUUUUCACCUGAAA